AUGGGCUGCCGGGACGUUCAUGCAGCAACAGUCCUGGCCUUCCUCAGCGGCACAGCCUCAGUAGCCGGACUCCUCGCAGCAGUUCUGCUCCCCAACUGGAGGCAGAUGAGGCUGUACACGUUCAACAAGAAUGAGAGGAACGUGACGGUGUACACCGGGCUCUGGAUCAAGUGCGCGCGCUUUGACGGGAGCAGGGACUGUGUGAUCUACGACCCGCAGUGGUACACGGCCGUCGACCAGCUCGAUCUGCGUGUUCUUCAGUUUGCCCUUCCUCUGAGCAUGGCAACUGCUGCCUCAGCUCUGUUUCUCUGCUUGAUCGGCAUGUGUAACACGGCCUUUGUCUCCAGCGUGCCCAACGUCAAACUGGCCCGGUGCCUUGUGAACAGCCCGGGCUGCCAUCUUGUGGCUGGCCUCUUGUUCCUGCUUGCCUGUGCCAUUUGUCUCACUCCGUCAGUCUGGGUCAUUUUUUACAACAACUACCUGAACAGGAAAUACGAGCCCAUCUUUAGCUUUGACAUCUCCGUGUUCAUUGCCAUUGCCAGCGCCGGGGGUCUGUUUUUCACUGCCAUUCUGCUGUUCCUGUGGUACUGUGCGUGUAAGAGCUUACCUUCCCCCUUCUGGCAGCCCCUCUAUCCCCACACCCCCAGCAUGCACAGCUACCCCCCCCAGCCCUACUCCACCCGCUCUCGCCUCUCUGCCAUGGAGAUUGACAUCCCCGUUGUGACACACACCUCUUAA